GGGAGAGGGAGAGAGAGGGAUAGAGGUGAGAGGCUAGCAGAAAGUGUGCGGGUGCUCAGUCGGUUGGUAUUGCUGGUCAUGAGACAGCUGGAUGUGAGGAAACGUGGUUCACGCCGCAUUAGCCUAGCAGGAAAGCCUGGUGGAAGCAGUCCAGUGGCCUGUACUACGAAGCGGGGUUACUGGCUUAUCGCGUAUGACUCUCUCCAGCGCUCCCACUCUGCGCAGAGGAAGUACCCCUCUACCAAUCAAACACCAGCUCAGGAGAGAGGAGGCUGUCAAUGAGGAGUGUGAUUGGGCAGCAGAACUGGGCAGGGCUUCGCCUCCUCCAAUCAGUGUCAGCCCCGCUGAAGACGACGCCCUUACUUCGGCAGCAGACGUGAGGGAGGAAAGGCCUUUGCGAAUAGCGCUGUUGGGGCAAAACGGCGUGGGCAAGUCGUCGCUCGCCGUCGCCCUCGCUGGCGAGUUCGACAAAAGCGCGUCGGUGGAUUCUGACGGAGAGGGCUAUGUCCGCACAGUCACUGUGGAUGACCAGGAGAGCGCCAUCGUCGUCUAUGACAACUGGAGACAGGACCUGCUGGCCCUGCGCUGUGACGUCUGCCUGCUCGUCUUCUCCGUCACCGACCGCCGCAGCUUCCACCGCAUAGCGCAGCUGCGCCUCCUCCUGAGGGAGACGCAGCCCCAGACGCCCAUCAUCCUCGUGGGCAACAAGAGCGACCUGGUGCGCUCACGGGAGGUCAGCACCGCGGAGGCCCAGUCCAGUGCAGACCUGUUCCAGUGCUGGUACGUGGAGCUCUCAGCCUCCCUGGAGCACCGCACCUCCGAGCUGCUAGAGGGCGCUGUGCGAGCCGCCCGGGGGCAGUCCAUGUGGUGGGAGGAAGCUGGCAAGGAGGCCCGGCGAGAAAGCCUGACCAGCAGGGCUAAGCGCUUCCUGUCCAGCCUGGUGCCCCGCAACCCGCGUGACCGGGGGGAGAGGGAGAGGGAUGGGGGCAGGUUCUUCAGGCAGAAGUCACGCUCCUGCCAUGACCUGGUGGCCCUGUGAGGUUGGGGGGGGUGGGGGUCAUGGAGAGAGGGGGCAAGAGGGAGGGGAGAGAUGGAUGGGAAAAGCAAGGGAAUGACAGGAGGACAGAGGACUGGAGUUGGAAGAGAUUUUAUAAAAGCAGAGAAAUUGAGAUUUUUUUGGGGGGGGGUGAAUUAAGAAAACCGAGAGAUUAAUAAUAGAAGAGAAGAAGAGGGGAAGGAGCUAAUGAGGAGGGAUUGAGAGGGGAAGAAGAGGCGUAGGAGAUGAGCGGUAGAGAGAAGAUCCUUCUGCCUCCAGAAAUUUUCCUGCUGACAUGUGAAUACUUUUGCUCGACCCCAGUACAAGGAAAACGUUUGCCAAGAAGAGCCUUUCAUCCGCCGCCGCAGCCAGCACGUCCUUUUUGCCUUUCUUCGUGUGGAAGAAGAUGGCACCAUACGCCGCUAUCAAAAUAAAAAAUAAAUAUAUAAAUGUUAAAAUAUGAUCAAAUCGACCGGACGGCCAGAUCCCUGUGAAAGAGAGAAAACGUGUGCAGAGCUUGGUAUAGAGGGCGGGUCGGGGGGGGGGAUGUGAGGGGCAUAAAAUGGGGUGAAAAAAACAGCGACGGGUGAAAAAAAAACGCGCAAACUUCGACAGUCCCUUAAUUAACGAGUUAGAUAUGAAUGACGUAACUAGAUCUGCCACCCGUGUCAGUCUGGAGGAAUAUCAGCGGAACAGCUGUUCUGCCAGCUCAGCAGGGAAAAGAUGGUAUACAAUUAUAUUACAUGGUUCACUCUAAAUCCGUUAACACAAUGCUUUCCAAUCUUUUUGACAGUGCCUGCUACUUUUAGGAGAGAAAUAAUAAGGGGAGAUACUGAGUCGCCACUGUAUCUUUGCUGAAGGGGAGUGGGGGGAAUCCCCCUCUGUAGCUAAGAUUUUGCUGGACGGGGGUGGGGGACGUAGAUGGUGUCGCGAUCCCCUGGGAAUGUUUUGGUGAUCGACCGGUUGGCGAUCACUGAUUUAACAUAUCGCCUUACUUCCCUCUGGGUGACAGAUUUGGAUCGAUUUCUGCUAAAAUGCUCCUGGGAGAGUCUUGUUUAUUGCAGGACAUAAUCUCCUGAUCCUGCUGUACCGUACAUUGCCACAGUCCUCUGAUCUCUGUGUUCAGCAUUCAAGCAACAGAGGACUGUCACUGCAAACAGCGAGAUGGACGAAAGCCCCUCCGCCUCACAAAGGCUUGUCCUACUUUCCUUCUCGCUCGCACCGUCAGCGGUGGGCGGGGGAUGCUACGGGAGAUCCUCUGUAAUGACUCUCGGCGGCGCCAUGGCAACGCAUCAGCGGGGGGUGGGGGCUGUCAGGUGGGUGGUCAGGCACUUUCGCAUGCAGGUGGGUCGUGGGAUAAAUACAAUUAAAAAUUACAAUGACCGAUUACGUAAUCGGCGUUAUGAUCGCAGAUGAUGGGGCAGCAUUAAGAAUGUUUUGGUUUUUAAAGCUGUGGACACGAUUACGUUAUGGUGUUAAUUGGUGACAGGCUGCCAUGUUUCCACGCCCAUGUUAUCACAUUUGCUUAUUUACACGCACAGACCACUAGGUCUGUUAUUGUAGAUAAAUCGCGGCAUGCCUCCCUAACUGUAAUCGUCUUACGUCAGGUGAGAAAGUUGUGCUUUUGCUGCGUCUUCGUACAGGCGUUUCGUCAUGUAGACCUAGAUGUGCCUCCAUUCUAAUACAACAUAUAAGCCAAACAAAAAAUAAAAAACACAAAGAAAUACCAACAACAGUCUGAGGGUACGUGAGAGGCGUCUCGUGAUGGUUGAUUUUUGUUUGUAAUGCAUGCCCCGCCGUCGCUGUUUGAAAAAGACGUGGAGCAUUUCUAAAACGAUAUCUGAACGUUUGUGAAUCUAGCAUAACUAAAAUAGCUGAAGAUUUAAAUAAAAGCCGGAUCAGGCGAGCGGCAGAAUAAGCUAAAACAACAUGCCAGAGCCUAUGCACACAACCCUAAGCCGAAGGAGAUGAACACGAGCAAGAAAACAAGCCUGAAUACACUAAUUGAUGGAUGAAUUAACCGCAGUUGUGAGUGGUUGCUAUAGUUGACCACACCUACGCCAGGUUGUAGAUUGGAUGUGAAUAUGGAUAUGUGUCCAUGUUAUCCUCUACAGAUUGUAUUUUAUUCCCUAACUUGUAAAAUUGCAUAAUAUAUAUAUAUUUAAUAUAUAAUAAAGUAUAUGUGUGGCACUGACAUCCCAA